AUGACCAAAACGAUUGACCAUGUACAACCAUCUGAGACACUUAGGACUCAACGCGCGAACAAUGCACUCAUAGAGGCUCACCGAAAAGUGGACGCCCGUAUGCUAUACUGGUAUGCCUUUGUCUUCCUCAUUAUGCGCAUGAACGUCAACAACAUUUCGAGUACAGCGAUUCUGAAUAAGGUGGAAGGUACCGACAUAAGAAAGCAACUUGGUAACCUUUCUUCAUCUCAAUGGGCAUGGGCUUUGAGCAUAUUCUGGUAUCCAUAUAUGCUGUUCGAGCCGGUUGCAACGUUGAUGUUGCAACGUUUCUUCCCAAGCGUCUGGAUGAGCCGAAUCAUGUUCGCUUGGGGUGUUGUAUCGAUGUGCCAGGCUGCGACGCACAACUACUCCGGUAUAUUGGCUUGUCUCUUCUUCUUGGGGACGGCCGAGGCGCUUUUCAUCAUCGAGGGUAUAUUGCCCAUAAUAUGUUCGGCGUAUACGUACUUCCAUUUACCAGAUUACCCGCAGACUGUCAAGUUCCUGAGUGAAGACGAGUGCGCAGUCAUCUUGACUGAUCUACCACAGCAAGCACCCACUAUGCGCGCAAAAACAUUUGACACAGAUCAAGUCAAGUCUUUGUUCAUAAGCGCAACCUUCUUCCCGUUCCUCAUGAUCUGGACAAUGCACGGUAUCGGUGGAUGGGGUAUAUCGUUCGUUCUUCCGACUGUCAUCUACGAGUUAGGCAUUUUCAACACAGCCGUGUCUCAGGCUCUGACUGUACCGACUUACGCACUUGUAUUCGUUACACUGAUGAGUCUCGCACAAUUCACGGGUAUCUCUCGCCUUGGGUUGCCGGUUUUGGAGUUAAGGGCAUACAGAUAA